ACAGAUUGGGGCAGGCGCGCAUGCGUCACGCCAUCGUCGUCCAGUUUUAAAUUUAGAACUGUCUCCGGAAUUCUGCUGGCCUAUUUAGAUGCAGCCACAAACGGCGAAUUUCUCGCAAAGUUCAUGACCAAUUGAAUUCCCAAUAUCUUCCAGAUCAGUGCCUUGUGUAGUGAAGUGAUGAGGAUACCGACUGUGGUUCCGUCUCUCAAAUCCGUGUCUCAAAUUCUCGUUCGGUGAAGUUAAAAUGCGUGCCGUUGUGUUAUUUUUGAUGUUAUUAUCCAAUCAAGAUUUUAUAGAAAGCGUGCGCAUAUUAGAGUUGCAAGUUUCCGGGCACGCCGCUGAAGGCAGCGAGGCGCUGCUGGGCUGUCAAUUUGACAUGGAAGGAGAGGAGCUGUACUCUGUCAAAUGGUAUAAAGAUGGCCGUGAGUUCUACCGGUACGUGCCCGGAGGUGACCCACGCACUACGCGCUUUCCCGCUCCGGGCGUAAUCGUUGAUCUGAGCCGGUCGUCCAUGAACGUGGUCACCCUAGUACACCUCAAGCGAGAAUCAGCCGGCGUCUACCGCUGCGAAGUGUCAUCGGAUGCGCCCUCUUUCCAGUUAGAGUCCAAGGAAAAACACGUGGCUAUAUACCUAUUACCAGAAGUGGGACCGACAAUAACAGGACUUGAAGAUAAAUACAACAUAGGAGAUACUGUGACCCUCAACUGUACCUCACCACCGUCCCGCCCCGACGCCCAGCUCAAGUGGCUGCUGAACGGCAUUCCAGUACCUGAAGAGUACGUCUACGGACCCUGGUACAAGACCACCGCGGAAGGGAAUGACGCGCCAUUCCAAACGAAGUUGAAACUGCAUUUCAGAAUCACCCCGGACCAUUUCACUAAUGGAAUGAUGACAAUCAUGUGCCAGUCAAUAAUAGCGCCUUUAUACAACAGAGAAGCACACUACACGUACCACAUCAAGCUGCCGACCCCCAUGCAAGAACCGCCACAAAACGCGGCGAGUCUACCAUCAUUACCGACAACACUAAUUCAAUUAUCUUUAUUAUUAAACACAUUUUAUUUUCUACUUCUUUGAAUAUCCAUAGGAAUAACUCUUUUUAUGAUAAUGUCAAAUAUAUAGAUAUUUUUUAAAUGUUAAAUUUAACAAAGCAUUUACAUAUUGUAAGUUUAGUAGUUUAGUUAUAUUAAUAAUUUGUUAAAAAUAUAUUACAAGAAUUUAAUAAAAAUAAUAUGUAAAGCUGACAAUCAAUAACACGUACCAAUAGCUGUUGCUCUAGCUUUGCAACAAGAGUGAUUGUUUGCAAUCAUAUUAAGAACAAAACAAACAGAUAUACUUAAGUGGGCUUAUUUUGAGAUCUAGUUAGAUUACUAAUACAAGUAGGCUCUAUGAUUAUAGAUGGGUUUUGCACUGGACUAGGACGAGUAUGGGAAGAAACUGGGAAAAUACCGGGCGCAAACCUAUCCCUUUCUGUGAUGCAUCUAUAUGUUCCAAAUAAAGCCCCUCAGCACUUGCUAAGCUAUGUUUAAUAUUAUAAUAGAUUUAAUUCUGUCAAUUCAAUAUCUGACUUGCUUUAAUUGAAACCAAUUAAGUACUGUCUAGUUUAAAAUGAUUCGAUGUAUGUACAAAAGAAAUGUAAUUAUAUAAAUAAAUUUAUAUGCGUCAGUUUUUGAGUCUAUCGUUCGAGUCGGUACAGUAAAGCAUUCCAGACUGGUCAUGUCAAACAACGGCAGGGGAAAGAGUGGGUUGACAAGGAUUUCUGGCCCGAUGACGGGGUCAUUGACAUAAUAAAGAUACUCAAAAUUUUAAAAGAUAAAGAUUUUGAUCACUGGUCAAGAUAUCCAUUUCAGUUUGCAGUGUGAGGAAUCAGGGACAUCAUGGUACAAUUAUAUUUGUUUACAACUUUUGUUAAGUUUUAAAAUACGAGGCAAACAUGACAACAUUUGAUUUAUUUGCUGUCUUAUGAAAAUGGCAAACCGCGUUCAACUAUGGUAUUAAUGCGCGUUUAAGUUACUUGACAAUAUAUUUUUCUUCUGGUAAAACUGCUAUGACGCUGCGAGUACAUGACUCGCUCGGUUUAUUUUAAAAAAAUAUAUCAAACUAGGACGUACGGUUUUUCUUUUGAAUUUAUAAUUUGUCAUCUAAAUGUAAUAUAGUCAGAUAGUUUAUUGUGAUUACUUUAUUCUAGGAACCUACUACUGUAAUGACUGUAUUAGUGAUGCUAACUCCCAGCUGAUGAAACGAGAUACACAAAUAAAAUAAUGGUGUGAUGA